AUGAAAAAGCGCAAGGCGCCGGACGGGACCGCGGAACCCUGCUCGGGGGUCGGCGGCGGCGAUCGCCUGAGCUGCCUUCCCGACGAACUGAUCGGGCGCAUCCUCUCCUUCCUGCCCACCCCGCAAGCCGCGCUCACGGCCCAGCUGUCGCGGCGAUGGCGGCGAGCCUGGGCGCACGUCGCCGCCCUGAACCUGUCGGUCCAGGACUGCGUGCGGAGCGGGAAGGGGCCCCGGUUCUGCGCCCUCGCCACCGCGGCGCUCGCUCGGUUCCCGACGCCCGUCAUCCCCGCCAUCUCCGUCGAGGUGGACCACCACAUCUACCUCGUCGACGAGUGGUACGGCCGGGCGAUGGCGCGCGCGGUCGGGUCCGUGCGCGUCACGUCGCUGCGGGGGCUCAACUUCCUGCGCCUGCCUCCCUGCACGCACGCGGAGGCGCUGGACAUGACCGCGCCGCGCACCACGCUUACGCUCCCCGACCCCGAGCCCGAGGCGGACCUGGUGUUCGGCAGGCUGGCUGAGCUGAGCCUCGCGCUGCUGCAGCUAGGCGGCGCGCGCCCUCUGGACGAGUUCCUGGCGUCGUGCUGCCCGCGGCUGAGGACGCUGCGGCUGCGCCGCGUCAGGGGGCACCCCGUGCGCCGGCUCGCCCUCCGCACGGGCACCCUCGAGGUACUCGACCUCGACACCGUCGACGACCUGGCAACGCUGGACGUGGUGGCCGCCAAGCUCCGGUGCCUGAGCGUGCGCUCCUGCUUCCGCCUUCUCCCAAGAGACGGCGACGGCGACGGCGACGGCCGCAAGGUGACCGUCUCGGCGCCGCGGAUCGAGGCGAUUUGCUGGUACCGCAGCUACCCGGAGCAGCUCACCUUCCGCGACGGCGGCCUGGAACACGUCCGCCGGCUCGCCGGCCCGCUCAAGCUCCCGACGCUCGGACGGCGGGACCAGUUCGACGCCCCGCACACCACGCAGCUCCUGCGGUCCUGCGCCCUCGCCGUCGACCGGCUCGACAUGGAGCUCGUGGUGCCGGACGAGAUGGCUCUCCUCAACUGGCUCGGCGCCCCUCCUGCUGCAGAGGCGCGCGCGACGUGCGAGGACCUGAUCCGCCACGUUCCGGCGCUGCCCUGUGUCCGCGUGCUCUCGCUGAAGAUCCGGUGGGGGUUCGGCGGCGGCGUCGGGCCAUGCCUGGCCUCCUUCCUCUCGCGAACGCCGAGCUUAACGAGGCUCCGCAUCCAUGCGAGCACCUACUGCCUCACCGUCUAUGAGGCGGACGAAGAGGCGCCGCCGCCGCCGCCGCGAGGAAAGCAGCUGCAGUGGAAGAGGAGUGACGUCGUCGGCGCGGAUGAACAAAGGGUUCGUCUCGAUGGCCUUCGAGAGAUCAGCGUCGACGGGCUCAAAGGCACGGACAGCGAAGAGCACAGGCUCGUACAACUCUUGCUCGCCAGCGCGCCGCCGUCGCUGGAGCGGAUGUCCCUCACGUUCCGUCACGCUGCGGCGUCCAUUGUCGAUGAGAUCGCCGCCGAGAUCCCGGUUCACUUCCCCAUGGCGACCGGGCGCUGGGAUCGCUGCACGACGAGCGUGCUCACGUGGACCAGGGUGGGGUGCAUGGAGUGGAGAGUGCGUUGA